AUGACUUCAUCUCUAGAUGAUAUAGAACCAACAGCAUAUAAUAAUAUGGAAGCGGACGAGGAAUAUUGCAGACGCAACGAUAUACAUGACCUUUCCAGCGUGGUCGGUGAUGCUGUCUCACAAGGUGUGCCAGACAUGGAUGGUCAAACAACGGAUUCUUCGAAGGACCCUGAGCCAAAUUCCGAGGAUAAGAAAGCGUUUCCUCCUUCGAGUGGCUCAUUUUUUUCUCCUAAUCUACAGGGUCAAAGGAAGAAAGUUCUUUUAAAGUUUGUUUUCACAAAUUGCUUACUGGCCAUAAUUUGCUUUACAAUGUUUGUGUUGUUCUGGGGGGCUCUUUACGACACCAGCAAGUAUCUACACAAAGUUAAGCUUCUGGUUGUUAUCCAGGAACCCCCUGUGGUAAUUUUGGAUAAUAACAGUUCCAUGGUAGUGCCCUCCAUAUCGUAUGCUUUGCCUACUUUUAUCAAUAAAAUACCAUGUGAUUGGGAUAUUUAUAACAGUCCUACCUUCCAGGCCAAGUUCGACGUAAAUACGCCACAGCAAGUCAAUGACAAGGUUGUCGAUUUGGUUUACGACGAAAAAUACUGGUUUGCCAUUAAUAUCAAGCCAAACGCCACGGAGACUCUAUUUGAAUCACUAAUCAACGAUACCGCACCACUAUUCAAUUCUACGCUGUUUAAUCAGGUGGUAUAUGAAACUGGUAGAGACCCGACAAACCUAAAAUCAACGAUUUUACCGGUUGCUCAGACCAUUGAAGAGUACUACCAUACAUUCUACACACUAAAUUAUCUGCCGCCGUUAUUGACAAACAUAACCCAGGUAUAUCGUUAUGCACUAACUAACAAUGCAAGGUAUAUCGCUGCAGCAGGUAAAUAUAACUACGAAUACUAUGACCACAGACCAUUCACAGACCGUAUUCUACUGGCACCCACACAAAUCGGUGUUGUUUACUGUUUACUGCUAACUUUUUUCCAAUUUCUAUUGUACGGCCCAUUACACGUAGAAAUGGCAAAAGUGCUAAGACCAGCCAACGGUUUAAUUUACCGUAUCGCUAUGUCAUGGUUCACCUUUUUCUUUGCGUCUUUGUUCUUCUGCACAACAACCGCCAUCUUUCAAGUCGAUUUUACCAAGUCCUUUGGUAGAGGUGGCUUCGUCGUAUAUUGGAUGUCUACGUGGCUCUUCAUGCUUGCUGCGGGAGGAGCUAACGAAAAUGCGGUUAUGCUUGUUAUUACGUUAGGACCCCAGUAUCUCGGGUUCUGGAUCCUAUCAUUUGUCAUUCUCAAUAUUGCACCUUCUUUCUUCCCAUUAGCGCUAAACAAUAAUGUUUAUAGAUAUGGGUACAUGAUGCCCGUUCACAACGUCAUCGAUAUCUACAGGGUUAUUUUUUUUGACGUGACAAGACGCAAGAUGGGUCGGAAUUAUGGUAUUUUAGUCGCACUCAUUGCCUUGAAUACGGCACUGUUACCAUUUGUUGGCAAGUAUGCUAGUAGAAAACUAAAACAGAAGGCUUUAGUGGCAGCAAAGCAGAGUUAA